AUGCUUUCGUCAUCAAAUUCAUCAUCCUCACCGCAAGUAUCCAAAACCCCUUCCGUUCAACAACCCGAAUGGUUUCCACCCACUGGAAGGGAUACGGGUAUUGAAGUGUUCAACUCUUUAACUUUGAAGAAGGAAAAGCUGGUUUUGCAAGACGAUUCUAAUACUCUGACUUGGUAUACUUGUGGUCCGACAGUCUAUGAUUGGAGUCAUAUGGGACAUGCUCGUACCUAUGUAGGAUUUGAUAUUGUCCGUAGAAUUUUGGAAGACUAUUUUAAUUUUAAUAUUAUUUAUAUUGAGAAUAUUACCGAUAUUGAUGAUAAAAUCAUCAAGAAGAGUAAUAGAGUUUGUCUCGAAGAAAACAUUGUCAAGUUUUUAGAAAAGAUUUCAAAUCUUCCAAAAUCCGAAUCACUCUCAAAGCUUGAGACUUACUUAAAGAAUUUGAAACAAAAAUUGGAGGCCGAUCAACUUGAAAAGGAAAAGAGCAAACAACUUACCUUGAAUCAACUUACUCAGGAAAGAGAUUUGCUCGUUCAAGCAGUGAAAGAAGCUGGCUUGGAUUCAAAUGAAGUUUCUGCUCCAGAUUUCUUGUCUGUUCCUAGAUAUUACGAAAAACUCUUUUGGGAAGAUAUGCAACAACUUCAAGUGAAACCACCAACCGUGCUUGUGAGAGUGACUGAACAUAUUCCAGAAGUUAUUAAUUUCAUCCAAAAGAUUAUUGAUAAUGGUUUUGCAUAUGAGAGCGAAGGAAGCGUUUACUUUGAUGUGGAUGCUUUCCAAAACAGUCAAAAGCAUGUGUAUGCCAAAUUAGAACCAUGGAGUGCAAAUUGUGAAGAUCGUUUAUUGGAUGGUGAGGGAGAGACCCAAACUAGUAAGAAAAUUACAAAGAGAUCUAAAAAAGAUUUUGCAUUGUGGAAAUUAUCUCAACCUGGAGAACCUGAAUAUGAGAGUAAAUGGGGCAAGGGUAGACCUGGAUGGCACAUUGAGUGCAGUGCAAUGGCUUGUUACGCACUUCAAAAAGCUGCCGAGCUUGCAGGAAGAAAUACUUCCGAAAAUCCUCCAGUUUUGGACGUUCACUGUGGAGGCAUUGAUUUGAAAUUCCCUCAUCACGACAAUGAGCUCGCUCAAUCAGAGGCAUAUCUUGGAAAUAGACAAUGGGUAAAUUAUUUCCUUCACACAGGUCACUUGUCAAUUAAUGGAAUGUCCAUGUCCAAGUCGAAGAAGAACUUUAUUACAAUUAGAGAAGCACUCAAGUACUAUACUGCUCGUCAAAUCAGAACCAUGUUCCUCUUCCGUACUUUUGAUUCUGAAAUGGAAUACUCGGUUGAUAGCAUGGAGUAUGCUAAGAACGUAGAAAAGCAAUUCCAAGAAUUCUUUGGUAAUUUGAAGGUCAUUUUCAGAGAUUACAACAAUAAGGGAGGAAAAAUUAUUGAAAAAUGGAGCAAUGAAGAGUUUGACUUGAAUAACUUCUUGGGUGAAAAGAAAUUAUCCAUUGAUAAGGCCUUAAGAAGUUCCUUUGACACAAAAACCUCAAUGAUUGAUCUCCAACAAUUGGUGAAGAAAACAAAUACAUAUUUGGAAGUGAAGAAUGUUGACAAGUACAACGAGUUUAUUAAGAAAGGAGGCGAUCAACACGCUUCUGAUGCUCCUCAAUAUCCAUCAGUUAUGCUCUUGAAGCAAGUGGCUUAUUAUAUUACAAGAAUUCUUAACGUAUUUGGUCUUGUCGAUAGUGUAGAUUCCUUUGGUUUCCCAGUUUCAGGUAGCGAUGAUUAUGAAUCAAAUGUGACUCCUAUCAUCAACGCUCUUUCUGAAUUCAGAGCAGAAAUAAGAAGUAUUGCAAGAGACAAGGAAGACAAGAAGGAACAGAGAAUUCUCAAGGCCUGUGACGCUUUAAGAGAUGACGUUCUUCCAACGUUAGGAAUUAAAUUGGAGGAUAAGAAAGACACAAUCACAUGGAAACUUGUUGAUAAGGAAGAACUUAUGAGAGAACGUGAAGAAAAGCUUGAAAAAGAAAAAACAGGCAAAGAAAGACGCUGUUUCAAAGGCACAGUCAGCUCUUGCAACUGCAGAAGAAGAAUAUCAAAAGUCUUUGAUUGCUCCACAAGACCUUUUUAA